AUGGCCCAAUAUACUCUUGCUUCUCAGCAAUCGAUGAACACGACCAUCUCCACACACGAAGUCGCCUCCCGUUUCCUCGCUGCCCAACAGCGUCACAUGCAAGCCCAGUAUUUAAUGGGUACUUGCUUCGAGUUCGGCAAACAUGUCGAACAAAACUACCGCACUGGCUGCGAGUUCGGCAAACAUGUCGAACAAAACUACCGUACCGCGCUGGCUGCGAGUUCGGCAAACAUGUCGAACAAAACUACCGCACAGCUGCAGAAUAUUAUCAAAAGGCUGCAGCACAAAGCCAUCUCAUGA